AUGGAGACUGCCACUUCCCUCAUGAAGCGUGACGGCUCAAAUCAAUAUUCCCUCUACGUCUUCGCUAUCAUUGUUGGGUGCAUAGCAUUCGUACUUAUUGGUUCCGGCAUCUAUCAAAUGUACCACGGGGACGACGAAGAGAACGCUUACGACAUACCCUACGAGCAAAGAAAAUACAUGCGCGAAGUCCGACAACGAAACCUCAACGGCAUGGCCCUUGUAUGCAAUAGGCCAGACAUGGUUAUUCCAAUUGCGGAAUUGAAUUACUGA